UCUCUAGCUCCCUCCUCUCCCUUUGUCAUUCUAGCUGCUGGCUGCCUCCGCAGCGUCCUUCUCCCCUCUCUCAUCCCUCUUUCUUCUUCUGCACUAUUUGCUUGCGUCUCAGACAGAGUGCGCAAAGCAGAAGGAUUAGUUGGGACCUGCCUUGGUGACCCAUGGCAUCCCCCAGAACCGUAACUGUGGUGGUCCUCUCUGUGGCCCUGGGACUCUUCUUUGUUUUCAUGGGAACUAUCAAGUUGACCCCCAGACUCAGCAAGGAUGCCUACACUGAGAUGAAACGUGCUUACAAGAGCUAUGUCAGAGCCCUUCCUGUGCUAAGGAAGAUGGGAAUCAACUCCAUUGUCCUUCGCAAAACCUUCGGUACCCUUGAAGUGGCCUGUGGCAUCGUCAUGACCCUUGUGCCUGGGCGUCCCAAAGAUGUAGCCAACUUCAUCCUACUCUUGCUGGUGUUGGCUAUGCUCUUCUUCCAUCAGCUGGUCGGUGAUCCUUUCAAGCGCUACGCCCAUGCCCUGGUGUUCGGAAUCCUGCUCACCUGUCGCCUGAUGAUUGCUCGUAAACCUGAAGAACCACCUUCGGAGAGGAAGCCCCCACAGGGGAAAGCUGGCAAAGCUGAGGAUCAGCCCGACUUGUAUGAGAAGGCCCCCCAGGGCAAAAUGAAGUUGUCAUAGUAAUGCAGAAGUGCAAAGGAAGUGCGAAAAAUGGACCCUCUAGACAGUUGCCUCUAUGAUAUCCAGGAAGAUGUCAGUGUGUAUUUUUCAUUUGAUGUAUUUAUCUUGGGGGAAAAGGGAAAGUGUAAUUUGCAAGUUAAUGGCACUUUGGCUUGUGUAUACCUAUACUCUGAAAUGACCAUCCCACUUACACCUACACAUGCACCAACUUUAAUCACUUUGGAGCAACUCACAUCUUGCUGCAUGUACAUGUAUAUGGCUAAAUAUUGAAGUGUUUUUGUAAGUUGGACUCCAGCAAGGAUGUGAUUCUGAGAUUACACAUGGGAAAAUGUAUUUAUUGUAUGUGUGUUUGUGCCCAUGUUCACAUAACACACAUGCAUGCGUGGAGCAAAAGGUUCUGAUUUGAACUAAUCCUGCAUAGCUAUCCUUCCCUUCCUUAGCAAAGACAGAAAAAAAUAAACCUCCUGUAAUGAGAAUCUUCUUUCUUAUGGAAUAAAGCAAGUCAUAUAUUCAUGUGGGGUGAAGAAGUCAUCCAAUAGAUUAGGCUGAAAACGAAAACAAUCCACUUUAGAAAGCAGUUCCCUCAGUUUGAUAUCCUAAAUUACAUAUAAAAUGGAUUAGACUCAAAUUUAACAGACUCAAAUUUUAACAAAUUUAAAAAUUGAAUUUUAAAUAUUUUACAGUGAAUUAAAAAACAACUAGAUGAUUUGUGUAAUCAAUAGAUGAUAAAAUUUUUCAAGUGGUGAAAUUGGAAGUUUCACUUUGCCUUUGUCCAAACCCAACCUACUAAGAUUUGGCAAUUGUUGCACAGUUAAGGUUGAGGGAGCAGGUAUUAAUCUGAUAGAAAUCUGUGACUCUUAAACUCUAGUUCUCUUAAAUUAUCUAAAAUUUGGCAGAGGAGUUCUAGUCAGUGUUUCCUUCACAAACAGAUUCACUAGUCCUAAUUUAUUGUUACUGAACUUUACUAAUCUAAGCAAAGAAAGAAGUUACCCCCAGGGUCGUCUCCUCUACACUUAAUUUUAUCUUGUGGAUGGAGUUUAAGUGAGGGAAGGACAUUUGAAAUGGGUCAGUUAAAUUGAGCAGUAUGGAAAUUGCUUUCUUCAUUGCAUACUGCUUUUUCUUCUUGUUAGAUAUGCUUUAGGUUUUAACAUUGUGUCAGGGAUGGGGUGGGGGGUUAAAUGUGUGUGGGGAAUACAAAUUAUUGUAUUUUCUUCAUUGUUAUUAAUUGAUACUUUGCUGUGUUAUUUAUGUCAUUCUUUCAAAAUAAAGAUUUUUGAAAUUUGGAGGAAA